AUGUCUACCCUAGAAAUCGAAGCUAGAGACGUGAUUAAGAUAGUUCUUCAAUUUUGCAAGGAAAAUUCUUUGCAUCAAACUUUCCAAACAUUACAAAAUGAGUGCCAGGUUUCUCUAAAUACAGUAGACAGCCUUGAAACAUUUGUUGCGGACAUUAAUAGUGGAAGGUGGGAUGCAAUAUUACCUCAAGUGGCACAGCUCAAGCUUCCCAGGAAGAAACUAGAGGAUUUAUAUGAGCAGAUUGUUUUGGAAAUGAUUGAACUUCGAGAGUUGGACACUGCUCGUGCUAUAUUAAGACAAACCCAAGCAAUGGGUGUGAUGAAGCAGGAGCAACCUGAAAGAUACUUGCGAUUGGAGCAUCUCCUUGUUCGAACUUAUUUUGAUCCAAAUGAGGUUAGCAUGCAUGUUCUGAGUACAAACUUUUGA